AGGGUUUAAGGUGAACCUGGCUUUCUUCUGCGCUGCUGAGCCCCGCGGCUCAGAAGUCCCUGCUGCCUCCACCAUCAGGGCAAUGAGGAUACGUUUCACUUUGAGCCAGGAAGCCGUGUUGCUGCCUUGGACUCGUCUAAAUUGUGUGCAAGGCGAACUCAACUCCCACCGCUUUUGAAAGGCAGAGCAGUGGGAGGUGACGCGAGAAGAACUUGAUUCUUAUUAACAGCUCAAAAGGCUACAUCCGGUAUAUUUUAGGUGGUGGUGCUACAGACUUCUGUCCGGAAUGGAUGAACUUGUGGGUGUCGCCAUGGCUAGCAAUUCUAGGUUUUAAAAAUUGGGAUCGGUUUGCGUUGUUUAUUUCAGGUGCUGAUUGGAUUUGCAAAUCCGUAUCAGUUCGCGAUAUAACGAUAAAUCCGGUACAGCGAAAGAGGAACGCGAGCCUAUUACGAAAUUCUGGACUGGGCACAAACAGAAGGAGCACUAACAAAUUUGAACGAGAAAUUAUAGAGCAUUACUCAGUACGAGGAGCCGAAAUAAUAGAAAGAAACUUGUUCGUAAUCGUAAAAUUAUUACAUGAAAUUACUGUUGGCAAACAAUUCAGCCCGUUUUUGUACCGGUGAAAUGGAGGGAGGCGGCAGCAGACCGACCGCCCCCAACCAAAUUACGUUCCUUGUCGCCUGUCAACCAAGACGCAGACGCAGAGAGAGAGAGCGAGGCACAGCCGACGAUGGCACCGCCAAAGUUCCUGCCGCAGAACGAAAGUUUCCUUCAGAUACGAGAUUAUUCUCGCAGCGCGUCUACGCGGCAGCCCUUGUUGUCGGGAAACUUUCUUUUCGUACAAGUUUCUGGACAUUUGUGACAUCGGCAGAGUCGAAAAUAACUUCGUGUUCAUGUGCGUGGAAGUGUUUCUGGGAUACCGAAAUUUACAUAUAAUUUUCGCACGGCUGACAAGUUCGUAUGAAAAAGCCGCGUGUUCCUGAAACACCAGGUAAUCAGACAGUUCGAUCAAUGACCACGGAACGUGUCUGCGGCUUGGGCUCACGAUAUUAAUUGGUCUUUAGAAACUAAUUGAUUUGGUGAUAAACAAAUUUCUGCAUCACAAUCGAUACUAUUACAGUGCCUUGACUAUUGUGGAAGUUCCACAACUGCCCUGUAAGAGACUCGAAAUGGGAAUAUUUUACGCGGCAGUUCAAAACAUAAUUAAAACACGGCGCUGUGCUGUUCAACGACUGAAGGACCCCGAAUAAUGAUGUAAUGGUGAGGUCACCGGCACUGUCGACUCUUCUGAGGAAACCGCUGUGAUCGGUGGUAACGGCGACCUCUGGUGCCAUGCAAGGCAGGAUGUGCGGGUCACCGGGCGUCUUCGUGCUGCUGUGCUACAGUGCGGUGGCAGUCGCUGGCGUGACGUCAGCCAAAGUGGCGGGAUCUGGCGGCAUGGGAGGCUGGAACACCGCUCCGAACACGCAGUACCACAUACAGACCGACGAGGGACCAGAGCGGUACUUCCGCUACCAGACGAUAAGUGGGCAAUAUCGGAAGGAAAAGCGACUUCAAGACGGCACUGUCGUCGGGACCUACGGAUGGGUGGACCCGAACGGUUUCCUGAGGCUCCGGGACUACGUGGCCGACAACGCGGGUUACAGAGUCGUCCGUACGAAGAUGAUGUUCGUCGGGAAGGACAGCGGCGUGGAGAAGAACAAUCAAGUCGUGACGACGACGACACCGGCGCCUCCGCCAUCUUAUCCCGACAUUUCCUCCAACUACCUGCAGUACCCCUCAUCCACUGCAGCAAAAGAUCUUUCCAGCGGCAACGCGAACCCGUACGUGCUAGGAGGGAACGCACAGUACCCCCUGGUGUCGGCCAACAGGCGAACGUACGACGUGCCGAACUACGCCUCUGCUUCCAGUAACGUGCCGACGUAUGAUGGGAUCUCGGCGACCCACAACGGCUUCAGAUAUUAUCUGCCACGCCAGUACCAUGAAGAGGAAAACAGUGGAGCCGAGAGCAGGGCGGGCAGCUUCGGCUACAUUGACCCAUUUGGUAUCAGGAGAGUCAUAUAUUACAAUACAGCACCAGGAACUGGGUUCGUGCACAGGAAGAACAACAGAUACGUGGGCUUCAACGCAACGCCAUACGAUCCUCGAUACUGAGAAAUGAGGGCACUGCGCUUCGGUGUUCUUUCAAACCUCGGUCUGCACUGACCCUCCGACACACGCGAUGCUAGGUUGCGGAAUUAAACUUAUCUUUUUCAAAUUGAGGCCCUUCUGCUAUACUGUCGUCCGCCACAGUUUCCCACCUAACCUAAGAGACAGAUGACGUAUCAAUUU